AUGUUACAAGCGGCUGAGCAGAGAAACAGCUUGCGGCUCGCGAAUGCCGUUGCCCUCGUUGCAGAUGCUAGUGAUCAACCAAUAACCGAAUACGUUGCCGAAAAUGGUGGCGCGGCACCCCGGACUUCCAGCACUCUCACAUUAGCGGAGCGGGCUAUACGCAAUAUGGAGAUUCGAGCUCUUUGUGAGGACAAAAACUACCAAAGAGUGAAGUUGACAUCGUGUCGCGGAUCAGUCGACUUGAAAUUAUUCACCUGCAUGACGUCGCUGCGCGACAUUCAUGUUGAGAUGGACGGCGAUAUAUGUAACAUUCCUUCUCUUCAAGACCUCCCAGAUAUCAGGAGGAUAUAUUUGAGUAGCAAAACGAUGAACGACAGUGAUGUGCGACCACUCUGCAACAUUGAAACCCUGGAGGAAAUUAACAUUUGUAACUCCCCAAACGUUGUUAACCUUGGGAACGUGGGUCGGCUACCGCGCGUACAUACGCUGAUGGUGAAUCGCACUGGCGUGAUUGAUGAAUUCCUCUGCGGUCUCACUUUAAGCAACACCUUGAGAAGGAUUGAUCUGUCUGAAUGCCUGCGCCUCACAGACGUUGAGCCGUUGGCUAGCAUUGAAACUUUGGAAGAAAUUGACGUGAGCGGUUGCUUCCCUUGUGUGUGCGGGAUUGGCGCCCUCGGUGCGCUGCCACGUUUGAAAAUUCUCAAUGCCAGCCUAACGGGAAUCACUGAUGAGUGCCUUGCAAGGCUUAGCGCAAGUCAGAGCCUCAAGAAACUUUUGCUCUCUAAAUGUGAGCGGUUGACGAAUGUGAGCCGUUUGGAUACCGUUACUACCUUGCAAGAAUUAGACCUGGCAGAAUGUAAAAAUGUGGUAAGUGGUAUUGGUUCACUCGGUACACUUCCCGUCCUCCAGUGUCUUGAUCUAAGCGGCACCGGGGUGGCCGAUGAUGACUUGUGCGCAUUAAGUUGUAGCGCGACUAUCUCAAAAUUGAUAAUGAAACGUUGCGUUCUGCUCACAAACGUUUCUCCACUUGAAAAGCUUCGCACACUGCAGCACGUAAACAUUGGAGAAUGCAUCAACGUCAUUGAAGGGUUGAAUUCAUUCAGUGAGCUCCCGUCGCUGAGAACGCUUUACAUGCAUUACACUCCCGUCACGAACGAAUGCCUGAGCGUAAUCAGCACAUCACAAAGUAUCGUAAGCCUCAAUAUAGCGGCGUGUACGCGGAUAACGGAUAUCUCUUGCCUGGCUAACUUGAAGACAUUGGAGGAUGUGAAUAUUAACAUGUGCGAGAGUGUCGAGAAGGGGCUGGGCGAUAUCAGCGGACUCUCAAACCUUCGAAUGCUGAGCGCUCGCUCCACAGUACUUGACGAUGAGUGCGUAAAGAUAAUGAGCAGUUCCUCCAACCUCGAAAGAAGCUCGCUGGAAGGAUGCGCAAAAAUUACGGAUGUGACUCCCCUUGCAGCGGUAAAGUCACUUGAGUAUGUAAAUCUUGAUAAUUGCCCAGUGGUGAAGGGCAUUGCAGAGCUCGGCAAGCUGCCGCUGCUGCGGGUGAUUUCCCUCCGCGAAACAAACAUCUGCGAGGAAGAUAUUAAGAACCUGAAAAAGUUUAAUCGACGAUUAUAUAUUGAGAGAUGA